AUGGCGAUUAUUUCGAAUUCUGGAAUUGCGUCUGUUGGUGCUGGUGUUGAUUUGUGUAGUGGUUCUUGUGUUUGUGUGUAUAUUUGAAUCGAUGUUUCUGUCCAUCGUGUAAUUUAAUAAUGAGAUAGAUGAGAAGAGUUUUUCAUCGCUGUAAACUGAUCGCGAUGCAAAUACACCAGGGUCUGACGUUGCAUUCUGUAAGCAUUUAGCCUCAAAGCGUUGCUGCCCAAUCCUUCGACAUCAAAAUUCUCCUCCUGGAAUAUUGGUUUUCAACUCAACUUAAUCUCAGUUUCUUUUUUCUCGCCCUCGACGAUCAGCAAACAAGUGUCAUGUCCUUUGAUGCAACAACUUUAAAAGCCAACUUGGAUCAAGGUGCGUACAGUAUUAUAUCCCCAAACGACGAAGGUUCUCAUCAUGAACUGUAGAAUCUCAGUAUCUCGAUACUCAGAUCCAAUCGUCGCCUACCGGCAGGGCCCCGAAGUUCGCAAGCGCAUUCGGUGCACUACUCACGAGCGCCAUUCUUGCAAUUCUUCGACAUGAGGUAAGCUUUUCCGGAAAUUCCCUCCUCUAAUCAUUGGCCGCGUAUUCUUCUCUUAAUCGUGUUUCGCUAACCCGCCAACGCAGGAAUCCCUCAAACUACUCCUCCCCAAGCAAUGGACCACUACUUUCGCACCUCUUCUUCCGCACACGGUCCUCUAUCGAGCGGUGGCUAGUACUAUAGCAGUCACUAUAUACUGUAGUUGCAUUGUGAAUCUCUUCGCGGAGCCGAGAUGGAGGGAGAGAUACCUGCCGUUGAUGUGUUGGAUGGUGAUAGUGGUGAUUGGGAUGAUAGUGUUGGUAUCUAA